AGUCCAAACAGAGCUGAAUUACUGGUAUUUUUCAGGUUCUUACAAGUAAACUUUACUGAACUAAACACAUAUUUCAAACUAAAUUCAGGAGAUCAAAUUUACAGAAACUUCACCAAAAUUACGCCGGUACGCCAGACGCCACGCCCAUUUCUUCUCCACGAAGCCUUUGAAGUCCCAAAUCAACUCCCGCAGACGCCUCCAAACACCCAGACCAGACCACCGUCGGCCGUCGCUAGCCUGCGCAACAUCUCCAGGUCCAGGGUCCAGGCCACAGCUCGAGCCCGACGACCGACGCCUAGACGCGGCUGGGCGGUCGGCCUCGCCUCGUCUCCCCCCUCCACGCCUCCUUUCUCCUGCUCCGCGUCUCGAUCUCGCCUCCCCCGCCGCGUGGCGCGACCCGGCCAGGUAUCGCCCACCCUGCGCUGCGGCCAUGGAUAACUUGAUCACCCUCGUCAACAAGCUGCAGAGGGCCUGCACGGCUCUCGGAGACCACGGAGAGGAGAGUGCACUCCCGACGCUCUGGGACUCGCUGCCGGCCAUCGCCGUCGUUGGAGGACAGAGCUCUGGUAAAUCCUCUGUGUUGGAGAGCGUGGUUGGGAAGGAUUUCUUACCGAGGGGUUCAGGCAUUGUAACCCGGCGGCCGCUGGUACUGCAGCUCCACAGAAUUGAUGGUGACAGGGAAUACGCCGAGUUUAUGCACCUUCCAAGAAAGAGAUUUACAGAUUUUGCUGCCGUGAGGAAGGAGAUAGCUGAUGAAACCGACAGAGAAACAGGCCGUUCAAAGCAAAUAUCACCUGUCCCUAUCCAUUUAAGCAUAUUUUCUCCAUAUGUUGUGAAUCUUACUCUUAUUGAUCUUCCUGGGCUUACUAAAGUAGCCGUUGAGGGCCAACCGGAGAAUAUUGUUCAGGACAUUGAAAACAUGGUUCGCUCAUAUAUUGAAAAGCCAAAUUGUAUAAUUCUGGCUGUUUCCCCAGCCAAUCAGGACCUUGCUACUUCUGAUGCAAUCAAGAUAUCACGGGAAGUUGAUCCCAAAGGUGAAAGGACCUUUGGUGUUCUCACAAAAAUUGAUCUGAUGGACAAGGGUACCGAUGCUGUUGAUAUACUGGAAGGAAGAUCUUACCGUCUCCAAACACCAUGGGUUGGUGUUGUUAAUCGAUCCCAACAAGAUAUCAACAAGAAUGUGGACAUGAUUGCUGCUAGGCGUAGAGAGCGAGAGUAUUUUGCAACUACACCAGAAUAUAAGCACAUGGCUUCUAGGAUGGGAUCUGAAUAUUUAGGAAAGAUGCUUUCAAAGCAUUUGGAACAAGUUAUCAAAUCAAGGAUCCCGGGGAUCCAAUCUCUUAUAACAAAGACAAUUGCAGAGCUGGAAACUGAACUUAAUCGACUUGGAAAACCCAUUGCUAAUGAUGCUGGGGGGAAGCUGUACACGAUCAUGGAAAUUUGUCGUAUGUUUGACAGUAUCUACAAAGAGCAUCUGGACGGAGUGCGCCCUGGCGGAGAAAAAGUUUACCACGUCUUCGACAAUCAAUUUCCUGUAGCUAUUAAACGGUUGCAGUUUGAUAAGCAACUCUCUAUGGAAAAUGUAAAGAAGCUUAUAACAGAAGCUGAUGGAUACCAGCCUCACUUAAUAGCUCCAGAACAAGGAUAUCGACGCCUUAUAGAAUCUUGUCUUAUUAGUAUCAGAGGUCCUGCCGAGGCAGCUGUUGAUGCGGUACAUGCAAUUCUGAAGGACCUCGUCCGCAAGGCUAUCAAUGAAACACAUGAGCUGAAGCAGUUUCCCACCCUUCGUGUGGAAGUAGGCAAUGCAGCUUUUGAGUCAUUGGAUAGAAUGAGGGAUGAAAGCAAGAAAAAUACAUUAAAGCUAGUUGACAUGGAAUGCAGCUACUUGACAGUAGAUUUCUUCAGGAAGCUUCCCCAGGAUGUUGAGAGGGGUGGAAAUCCAAGCCACUCUAUUUUUGAUAGAUAUAAUGACUCUUAUCUUAGACGAAUUGGACAAACUGUUCUGUCAUAUGUUAAUAUGGUGUGUUCGACCUUGAGGAACUCCAUCCCAAAAUCUAUUGUUUAUUGCCAAGUGCGAGAGGCCAAGCGCUCGCUGCUCGAUCACUUCUUCACUGAACUGGGAGCAAGAGAGAUGAAGCAACUUUCCAAGCUUCUCGACGAAGAUCCAGCAGUCAUGGAACGCAGAACUAACCUUGCAAAGAGGCUGGAGCUGUACCGGAGUGCCCAAUCGGAAAUCGAUGCAGUCGCAUGGUCCAAAUAGCCCUGAUGGCUAAGAUAUCUGUUCUUACAUGUUCUUUAUCCCUCGUCUGGCGAUUGUCUCCCCUAUUCUGGGGCAUAUAUAGCUGAUUUUUGUCUGUUGUAGGUCAGGUCAUUCUAUAGAUUACCGCAGCUGUACGGUGUCGUUUAGUUGUGCUUUUGUUCCUUGUACUUGAGGGUCUAGGGGACACCAGGCUGCUGUACGCUUGCAUCACGGACAAGUUCAUAAAUUGUGUUUUUGUUACCAUGCAUUCUUUUAUUCCAUCUAUGUGCAGCUAUAUGAAGCAUGUUCUUCUGUCA